AGACGAUUGAUAGCCUCACACUGACUUGAUAACGUUAUCUCCCUAAGUCUUUUGUGAGUUGAACAGGAACCUGUUUUCUUUUGACACGUGCUGAAUUAAGUUCCGGGUGAAGAAGACAGGAAAGAGGACGUGACCUGCUUGCCGGUGAUUGACAUGGCAGCUAAUGGAGCGAACUGUGAACAGCCUCAGAGACGGACCGGGACUAAAGAUAAACUCAAUGGCAAGUCUGCAGAACUGUCGGUAAGAGAGAGGCGGCAGAAGGACAAAGAGGAGCGUCUUUCCCUGGUGUUGUGGAGAAGACCAGUAAUCACUCUGCACUACUUUGUUCUGGAGACACUCAUUAAACUAAAGGAGUUGACUUUUAAGCUUUGGCAGCGGAGAGGCAUAGUGUUCUUACUCCUGGUCUUAUGUACUGUCUUCUAUAUUGCGUAUUCCUCCGAGGGAACACACCAACAUUAUGUUCAGUACUUGGAGAAGAAGUUCCUCUGGUGUGUCUACUGGGUAGGCCUUGGAAUUCUCUCCUCAGUCGGUCUAGGAACUGGUUUGCACACAUUUCUUCUUUAUCUGGGCCCUCACAUAGCAUCCGUCACCCUGGCAGCCUACGAGUGUGGCUCCAUCGACUUUCCAGAGCCUCCUUACCCUGAUGAGAUCGUCUGCCCAGAAGAUGGCAGUUUGGCGAGCAACAUCUCCCUCCUCACAAUCAUGUCAAAGGUCCGCCUCGAGGCCUGCAUGUGGGGUGCCGGGACUGCCAUUGGAGAGCUGCCUCCGUACUUCAUGGCCAGAGCAGCUCGCCAGUCUGGAGCUGAUCCAGAAGAUGAGGACUAUGAAGAGUUUGAAGAGAUGCUGGAGCAGGCCAAGGAUGCUCAGGAUUUUGUCACAAGAGCAAAGCUAGGAGUUCAGCAUAUGGUGCAGAAAGUGGGCUUCUUUGGGAUCUUGGCAUGUGCUUCCAUUCCAAAUCCCCUCUUUGACUUGGCUGGAAUAACUUGUGGUCAUUUUCUGGUUCCUUUCUGGACCUUCUUUGGAGCAACCCUGAUAGGGAAGGCCAUCAUCAAGAUGCAUAUACAGAAACUGUUUGUCAUCAUUACGUUCAGCAAACACAUUGUGGAGCAAAUGGUGUCACUCAUUGGGUCUGUGCCUAAAGUUGGACCACUGCUCCAGAAGCCUUUCAGCCAGUACCUGGAAGCCCAGAGGAACAAGCUGCACCAUGCUGGAGGAAGAGCACCAGCGGAGGAGAACUGGCUGGCGUGGGUGUUUGAGAAGGUGGUGCUGGUCAUGGUCUGCUACUUCAUCAUCUCCAUCGUGAACUCCAUGGCUCAGAGUUACGCCAAGCGGCUGCAGCAGCUGCGGCACUCGGAGGAGAAGACCAAGUGAUGCCCGGAGAGAGUGGUUCAUGCAUCCAAAUGACUGCGUCUCUGCUGCUGCUGCUGCUCCUGAGAGCUCCCCGGCAGCCUCGCCACUCGACAACAAACCUCAUCCAUUUUUAGAACCUUUGGCUUCUUCAGACGGGGAAGAAGCAUUGUUUGCCAGUGAGUGCGCGCACUGUCCGAGAUGUAUGUAACCUCCUCAUCGUUUCCCGCCUGGGGUUUUGUAAACCUUCCUGCUGAUCCUAACAUGUUACUCAUCUUUAAAUUAACCCAUCGAUUGACCUCAGAAGUAAAGCAGCAGCUUGAUGGGAAGUGCUGAGUCUCGGCCAGCAGCCAUCAUAAGCCUUAUGCAAGCAGGGAACGCCGGUCUUCCCUCAGAUAUAGUUUGACUCGCUUUUUAUUUAAUUUUUCUAACAUGUAAAUGUGGACAUGAGUUGGGUUCAGUUGUACAGUUCUGUCAAGAUACAUGUUAAGAAGUGUGUUUAUUUCUGAGUUUAAUUGAGCCGUUUUGUCUAGUUACAGAGUGAGAUCAAAUCUGUUUCUGAAACCUUUUAAAUCAAAAAAAUAGAGUGAAAGCACCGUGAUCUUUAAAAAAAAAAAAAGUGGGGAUAUUAAAUAUUUGAACAUAAUGUAAAUACUUUUUGACAUGAGGCUCAGCAGUCGACAUGAAUCAAAUCAGAAAUGCAUCGUUGUGAAAUAAUAUUGUACCUGCAGCAAAAGGUUUCAUUUUAUUAUGUACAUUUGGGCUGACCUAACCGGAUCAUGUAUAAAGGAUGGGAAUCAUAGCACUUGUUUCUAAGUCCUUAAUUUGAAAUGUUUGCAAAUGUAAAUAUUUAUUCU